AUAUGUUCUAGGAUGCAAGCCAAAUCCAGACUUAAAUUCCAGAAAACAUUCUCCGCUUUUCCCCUGAAAACAUUGUGUGGAACUUAGUUAAGACUUGAUCCCGUUCCAGUCAGUGGAGUAUGCACUAAAGCUGACAUUCCUGUUUCAUCUGAAAAAAGUUCUUUCAUUAAAGAAAAAUUCUCUUGUCAGCCUGUACCAGAGAUUUAAUGGUGCAGUUAGAUCAUUUUUCUAAAGAUGUAAACAUUCCACAUAUGCUGGAGCUAUACAUGCAUUUUCAUCAUUUAAAGGUAAUUUUCCAUCUUCAAACUUCCACCGCAAGUGUUGAUAACUUCCGUCCACUGUGUUGAUUCCCCAGCACACUGACGUGAUGCUACUGCAGGCUGAAUAGCAUUAAGCAGUUAAAAAAAAAAAAAGUCUACUGAAUUCAAAAGGAAACGUAGUCUUCAUCUUACAAAGGUUUUCCAUACCGUAUUGGCUUUUAUUUUCUUUGAUCACUUGUAAUGCUGCUGAGGUUGACACCAACAAAAAUAGUGUUUGCAGAGGACUUAAGGAAUCACAUUUUCUCCUCUGGCAGUUUUCUAUGCAUAUACUUCAUUCCCGUGGAAGAAAGUUUUUCUUAGGUAUAAGUGGAGUAAUAACCCAGAAUACUUGCACAUUUUUGUGAGAACCAAUACUGAAAGUCAUACUGAACUAUUUUGGCAAGAACUUGCAAGAAAACCUUGAACAGGGGGUUGGACGAGAUGACCUCCAAGUUCCCUUCCAACCUCAACCCAUGCCAUGAGUCUGUAAAAGCAGGAUGUAUCAAGUGGCACUGGAAUUUGGCAGAAAUUUAAAAUGAAUGGGCUUGGGACUUCUUGCCCUUUUGAAGGAAUAACUGGAAGCUCCAGAACAUCAUCACGGUGAUUUCAAGAUCACAGCUGAAGCCAGUGUAACUGUGUAACUCUGAAAUUGCCUUUUCCAGUUUAUGGGUUUGCAGCUUUUCCCUAUUCAAACCCUGUACAAGUUCUUCCCUCCCCAUCCAUACGCUUUCAGCCCGGUCUCCUUAGGGGAGCCAGUUCCUGUGUAUCGCGGCUUUUGGACUUUGAUAAUGUCAGCAUAGGACCAUCAGAAUUAUCCCAAAUUUAAAGGCUAUCAUACCCCCCCCUACUCCCCCCUGUGACUGCAUCCUUAUUCCAGACUUUCUCAGGAGCAUUCCUCUCGGACAAGCGCCUUUCCCAUUCAUUACUGUGAGUAGAUCAGAUAGGAUGGUUCUUACUCUUACUAGUCUGGAAAGUAAAGGGCUAAGUCUGAAUGAAAUUCUUUCAUUUGCUGGCAGCUUACAUUACCGCUAAAGCGUUGGCACCAAUCUCUUGUAAAUUUUAAACGGAAGACUGUUUUUCAUCUAUUGUAUACAAAAAACUUCAUUUGAUGUUUAUACAUCCCAGUUAAGUCUUCAAAAAAUGCAAAUGUGCACUGUAAGUGCAUAGCUGAUUAAUCAAAUUCAUAACGGAUUACAAUUUUUAGGGGGCAGAAUAUUUAAAUUGAAUCAUGCUGCUCUGAUCCUGUAAGGGAACAGUAAGCUCUUUACAAGCUUGUUUAAAAAGAGUAGCUGUCUCGGGCAGGGAUUUUGACAGUGUCAGGCCCUAUAGAGUACUUUAAACACAGGUUAAUUUGCUCAAGUGCAGUGUUAGUUGCAGCACAGUGCAUCUCUUCUGAUUGCUUGGAGGAGAAACUCGCAUACACCGAGCUACUUGAAAGCCAAUAUAGCAUGUUGUUUACGUGUUGAGUUGCCUAGAUGGCCAUUAUUUAGUGUUUUAGAGAAAUAAAUAUUUUACAUUCACAGGUGAAGACAUUCUCAAUAGCACUUGAAAAAUUAAGUGUGAAAUCAUCCACAUCUAAAGCAAUCAGUUUCAGAGGUUGGAUGGUAGCUUCCCAGUUGGCAGUCUUAACUUUUUCUAAAUAGAUUACUUCCCAAUCAGAUCGGUUUCAGUAAUUACUUUGAUUAAGGUCCUCUUAACUAUGGAAAAUAAGGCGUUCUUUCAUCAUACCUCAUGAUCCGAGGAGAACACUUGUUGGGACAGUCUGGUACGAGGAAAUAAUGAGUUGAGUAUCAGCCUGAAGUGCAUUUUCGCCUUCAGAUGUGUGAUCUGACAUACGUCCUUCAUUGCCUCCGUUUCCCCAUCCGAUGGGUCAGUGUUUAUGGUAACGCUGAGAUCUGUGGGCAAGCCAAGGGGAGGGAAAUGCGCAGCCGCUGGUGGACGGGAUUAACUCAGCAGCCGCAUUGAUCUCUGCUGCAUUGUGACAUAAAAAAUACAGCUCCCCACGGGGAAAGUUUUAUGAGAGUCCAGCCCUGUCAAUCAGAUUUCUAUGCAUCUCGCUAAAAAUAACCCUAAAGCCAACGUUUAGGAAGUCACCUAUCUGUUGCAUUAGGUCUAAUGCGGAUCCUCUGUCCACUGAGUGAUGUGGAGGCCAGAGGUGCGUACAAGAGAGAUGAUGGAAAUUGAAGUUAUCCCUAAGAGUCCUAACUCCUGUCUGAAGUCAGAAUUUCUUUUUGUUGGGUGAGGAAUCUAGUUAGAAGGCAUAAAGCACUUCUAGUUUUGAAUUUGUAAUAUUUAUUGUAGCAGUGUAACUUUAACAUUUUCAUGAAAAUAAGUUUUAACUAAGAGGAGCUGUUAACUCCACAGCAUCUGGAAAAUAAGCUAUGAAUACUUGCUUAAAGUAGCAGAGUGCUAAAAAAUAUAUCCUACUAUUCAUUGCCAGUAUACCAAGUGUAAGUAGGAGAAAAAAAAUCUAAGACUAAAACAUUUGGAUUAGAAUUUACCUAUAAAUAAAUUAUUUUAUAUAUAUAAACACACACAGUGGCAACACAGCAGGAGUGUCAUUAUCAGCAGAGUAAGGCUAGGAAGGCGAUACCGUAGGUCACGUUAGCAUCCUUGAAGCCUCAUACAAGCAAAAAGGAACCUGUCUUUAUUUAGGCUGUGUUAGGGAAUAGCUAAUUUAAGUUAAUAAAUUAACAGGAACUCCAAUGAAAUCAGAGCAGUUGUUCUAAGCAAUUUCGCCUUAGCUGCACUGAUUCAGUCUAAACCAUAACGCAGUUUACUUUAGGCCCUUUCUAAAACAUGAUUGCUUUGAUUCACCCUGUAUAUUAGGAGGUGCUAAUUAGAGGAAGGUAGGUAAUUCAAUCUAAGGAUUAGACUAUACCACAAGGACCUUACUGGCACAGCAACACCAGCCUAGUUAGCUGUAAAACCCCUGCACAAAGGGGUGCCUUUUGCCAGCACAAGUUGCGUUUGCACUCACUAGCAGGCUUGUUGCCCUAGCUCUAUUUGCCCAAGGAAAAACAGGAUUCCCCCCUUCCUUUCACAUUUCUAGCAGGUAGCACUGUGCUGGUAAAACUUCUGGUUUAGACAGAGUCCAAUAUAGAUUUCCUUAGUUCAGGUAGAGCUUCAAGGGUACUCUGUGUCUUCUGCUUAGUGUACCAGGGCUGCAGGUGCAAAGAAUCUAAUACAGGUAUAUUUAUUUCUUACCCCCUGCGGUGGGAUUUUGCUUCAUCUGUUGUAGUUUCCUCCAGGCUCGCUUGUCUGUAGUUUACGUCUCAAAACCAGUGUUUUUGAAGUAGUCACCAUUUCAGGAAGGAGUGGGCUGACUCGAGGUAACAGCUAGGUUCUUCAGUCUCCUUUGUCCUCCCCUCAUUUUCCAAUACCCUUUUCAUAUGAGAUAACACUGCCUGCGUUGCUUCCCUUUUCUCCCUUUCCCAGGAACUUCUCUCAUUUUACUAUCCUAGGGGAGCUCAUUUAGGUGCAGCAGGCUUCCUUUUAUAUGAAAUAAUGCCUUUGGGCUGCUCUCUGAUGCCUGGUCACCUGAUUCAAAUCCACCACCUGGGAGGGAGACAAAUCCUAUAGGUGAGGCCUGAGUUCCUUCUCUUUUGAAAAGUGGUGAACUGUCACAUGCUGCUCGCAUUGCAGCUCUGUGUCUGUGGGCAUGUCUGAGAGAUGAAGAAGAAGAACAUCUAUCAGAAGUUAAGAAAUAAAUAAAGAGGAUGAAAGUUGUUAGUAGUUACAUGCGCAACAGUUACGCUGCUUCUGUAUUUGCCAAACAAAAAGGCAUGAACUGAAGCUUUAAGGUGUGUUUUGGGGGGGGGGGGGGAAUAUACAAGAAGUAAAGGAGGUAAUUUAUAAAUAGCAGAAAUAUCUGUGAGAAUGUUAAAGGUACUUGUGGGCUUUGUGUAUACUAGACUUAAAUAUAGUAUAUUUGAUUGAAUUACCUAGCUCAAUUUAUUUGACACCUUGAACUCUUGUCAAGACUAAGCGGUUUUAAUUAAAUCAGUUUAAAUACACUUGGAAAAGCUUUUUUUUGUUUUGCUUAUCAAGACGGAACUGAUGAAUGCUAAAGAAGAAAACAAAGUUUUAAAGAAGAAAACAAAGUUAAUCUUGACACUUUUUAUUUAUGUUCUUAAAAAUACAGAUUUGAAGAAACUUUUCUGAAGACUUUAAUGUAGCUAAAGGGAUAGUCUUAAACAACUGUCACGACUGGAUUUGGAGUUCCUAGGGACCAGGAAGCUUACUGGCACUCUUAAGAGAAAGUCUUUGAGAGCUCAGUUGGAAAAAUGGGCUGUGUAGAUACAGUUUCAGGUGAAGAGGUGUCAUGCCUAAUUGUUAUGCUUAAUUACCCUGUUGGACUUACUUGAAAAUAAUUCUGUUUUGAUAGGAGAUCGGUUUAUUAUAUACCUGGAAAAUGUUUGAUAAUUUUCAAUCUCAGAGAUUGAUAGUUAAUAUAAAAAUGUCCUGAGUCAAUUAACAUAAUAGGGUUCCAAACCAUAAAGUAGUUUAAGAUUAGAAAAUAAACAUUUGUCAUCAGUGGUCCAUGCUUUCAAAAUUAAAAAGUGAUUUCAAGAAGAUUGCUCUUUGCUCUUUCUCCUCUUCACGUAUUCUCUGCUCCCUUUCAGUUGAGGCGCCGCAAGGUUAGAGGAGGACGCCUAGCUGUUAAUGUGCCAUUUACUUUGUUGCUGGGAAUUUGAAAGGCUCUGUGCCUGCGUUUGCAGAUAGCUGAUAUUUGUCAGAAUUACUAGGAUAAAGGUAUUUCUGUUUGUUUGUCUGAUGGUAUAGUUUUAUUUUUAAACUAAAGUAACUAUGCUGAUAAGCCCACUGCUGUUCUAUCAGCUUACUCCGUGUUGGCAGUCUGGGGGCAUUGUCAAACAGCGUGGUGCAGUAGGAGCAGACCUGUAGAAUGAGUCUGCUGGCGCUGAGGACUCCAUGUCCGUGGUGUUUGCAUUUCUGGAGGUUUCAGCUCGGUCUGGUCCCGUGCCCUUGAAGCGGUUGAAGUGUUCAGUUCUGCGGCAGUCAGAGGACUCCAGUUCGUACGCUCUGAGGCUGCUUUGGUACGUGAACCAAAGCACUGUAAAGGGGAUGAUGAUCUGUUUCAAAAGUUCACACGCGAUCCAAACGAAAAAACUGGUGCAGGUUUAUGCUAAGCAAUAUCUGGCCUUAUGAGAGGGCAGAAGAUGCCCUGCCACUUUUAAAGCUUUUGUUUGUGUUAAGCUCCUUGUGAAAGGAGUGAGAAGCACCUGGCAGUUGAUAGAAGAAGGGACAAAUCUGAUGUGAAAAGGCUGCAAAAGAAGGUUAAGAGCCUUCAGUCAACCAUCAGAGGAUAGCAGGAAAUCACAUAAAAUCUGUAGAGUUUUCUGAAGGACUGAAUGGAUGCUUUUUCACCUGUUACAUGAGUUCCAUAGCUUAUCUCUGCUCUUCUCCCUGGGGCUAGGUGGACACUCCCCAUCUGCUUCUGCCCAAAGUCUGCUGAAUUAGAUGGUGGUUUGAACUAAUCUGGGUGCUUUGUUUAUCCUCUGGGUUCAAAGAAAGUUUGAAAAACUAAGCUCUGUUUUAUAUAUGAUACUGAAAAGAUGAGAAGAGAAUGAUUUCACACACACACUUUAAUGUGCAGGUUUUUAAAUGUUACUCCGUAGGAGUUUUGAUGCACUGUAGUGCUCAGGGACAAAACGUGUUAGCCAGUUACAUCAAUGGUGUGCUUAGCAUUUUUCUUCAAACUCUGUUUUUGAGUUGUUUUAUCGUGAUAUUGUGUCAUAAAUGAGGAUUUUUCUGAACGAGAUAAUCAUGAGCGCAAGCUAAAAUAAUCGGGUUAGUUAGAUGUUGUUUCUUGAACAGCAGAAUUGAUAAGGUCCGUUUUCCCACAGACUUGUAUUCUUUUGUGCCUUCCAGCCCCGUCGUCUCCUGUCAUACCUCCAGACUCUAUCUGCAGCAUUCCAGGUCUCCCCACCACCAGUCAGAGUACCUCCUGUUUGCUUUCCCUCCUGGUGCCUGAAGUGCCCGUGCUGGGUUUGCUCUGGCUGAGCUAGAAGCAGAGUGCACGGUUGUUCCUUCGCUGCCCUGUCUCCGCUGAGGAGCUGGCCUUUCCUUCAGAGCUUUACAUGUGGUACACAUGAAAAUGAGGCUGAGAACGCGGAAAGCUUCUCAGCAGUCGAAUCAAAUACACACACAGCGUGCUUUGAGGGCGAAGAGGAAACAUUCGGAGGUGGAAGAGAGCUUACCUGUUGGCGGAGGAAAACCACAGAAAAAUGACACGGGCUUGUUGUCUUCAAUCAAAAAGUUUAUUAAAGGAAGCACACCCAAGGAAGAAAGAGAAAAUCCUGCAAAAAGAAGUAGAAUUGAACGGGAUAUAGAUAACAACUUGAUUACAUCUACACCUCAAACAGGAGAAAAGCCUAAUAAACAGAUCUCUCGAGUACGACGGAAAAGUCAAAUGAAUGGAGAAGCUGGAAGUUACGAAAUGACAAACCAACAUGUAAAGCAAAAUGGAAAAUUAGAAGAUAACCCUUCCACUGGCAGUCCUCCACGAACUACAUUACUGGGAACCAUAUUUUCUCCUGUUUUCAAUUUUUUUUCACCAGCAAAUAAAAAUGGAACAUCAGGAUCGGAUUCUCCAGGACAAGCUGUUGAAGCUGAAGAAAUAGUCAAACAGCUUGAUAUGGAACAGGUAGAUGAGAUUACUACGAGUACUGCAACAUCAACCAACGGAGCAGCUUACGCUAGCCAAGCAGUGCAGGUCAGAUCUGCUGUCAACAACGGUUUGGAAGAAGUGGAGGAAACCAAUGACCGUGACCUGCCACCACUCACAGCACCAGUAUCUCCAGACAGUGGCUAUUCAUCAGCUCAUGCAGAAGCCACCUAUGAAGAAGACUGGGAAGUCUUUGAUCCAUAUUAUUUCAUCAAACAUGUUCCGCCACUAACAGAAGAACAACUUAACAGGAAGCCAGCUCUUCCACUGAAAACAAGAAGCACACCAGAAUUCUCAUUAGUUCUAGACUUGGAUGAAACAUUAGUGCACUGUAGUCUAAACGAAUUAGAAGAUGCUGCACUCACUUUUCCAGUUCUUUUUCAAGAUGUCAUUUACCAGGUUUAUGUCCGGUUAAGGCCAUUCUUCCGAGAAUUCCUGGAACGUAUGUCUCAGAUUUAUGAGAUCAUUCUUUUUACUGCUUCUAAGAAGGUGUAUGCAGACAAGUUAUUGAACAUACUAGACCCUAAAAAGCAACUGGUCAGGCAUCGACUUUUCCGUGAGCAUUGUGUUUGUGUACAAGGAAAUUACAUAAAGGAUUUAAACAUUCUUGGUAGAGAUCUUUCAAAAACGAUCAUAAUUGACAAUUCACCGCAAGCCUUUGCUUACCAGCUUUCAAAUGGAAUUCCUAUAGAAAGCUGGUUCAUGGAUAAAAAUGACAACGAACUCCUAAAAUUGAUUCCAUUUCUGGAGAAACUUGUAGAGCUGAACGAAGAUGUCCGACCUCACAUCAGAGACAGAUUUCGCUUGCAUGACUUGCUACCCCCAGAUUAAAGCCUUUUGUCUAGUUACUGAAGGGGGAGAAAAUGCAGGACCCUUUUGGACUAAAACAAAACAUUGCCAUUACUGUUGAAAUUUUGCAUUUUUGUACCCUGUCUUGCUUUUCUUAUCUUUGGUGCCCAACAAUAAUCAAGGGUUACAGAAAGAGACUUUCUAUAUCUGAGAUCGAAUACAUUCAGUACAAUACAGUACAACGCAGUAGGUAGGCUAGAACAGAAAAGUCUUUAGAACUAGUGCAACUCCAAUGAAAUUUUUUUAUGUACAGGACAUCUGCAGUUUAUAAAGAAUUCUGUUUCUGCCACCAGCAGUUUGACCUGUAGAAACACAGGAUUUUAUGAUAUAACAGAGAUUGAAAAUGGACUCUUAUUUUCUCUCUGUUCGGUGCUCUAAGUGGGUUUGUAGCCACUUUUCUGUUACUUUUAAGAUUCUCAUUUCAACAGGAAUGGCCAGUAAGAGUUGUUUUAUUUUUCCUGUUAAGGUUUAUAACCUUUUUACAUUUUUGACCUGUAUUAGAUUAGAAUUUCAUUAUGCAUUCCUUUUAGUUGAGGCGCUUCAUAGUUUUUCUGGAAAUAGCCAAAUUUUCUUAGUUUUUUGUUAAACAGUUGGAUGGCCGUUUUCCUGCUUUGUCUGCCUGCAUACUGUAUAUUUGUUUAAAAAUAUUCUCUAGUUUUAGUCCAUGUAAGUUUCAUUUAGAAAGAAAACCCCUGCAUUUAUAUUUUCUUUCUGUAAUAUUCUACUGUAGUUGAAAUCUUUUCAAAAAUCAAGAGACUGGCUAGAUAAGAAGAAUAUAAGAAUUACUAAUAUUCAGAAUAUUUUAAACCAUUGUGAUGGCAUGUACUCUGGACAGACAAUAUCUUGCAGUGGCACAAACAACUGAUGGACAAGGAAUACCUCAGACUAUGCUGUGCAUGCAGAUCUUGAAAGGAGAACUAGGUCGGUCACCUCUUAGGUUUGAUGCAAUUCAGUUACUGCUGCCUUCUGUUUCCUCCAAGAUUGAAGUGUUCUGCACAGUGGCUCAGUAUUUUAAGAUGUUUUGCAUGGGCUGGCGGUACCUCUGUGACACUCGGCGUUACAAUCAGUUUUAAACUCUGUGUGACAGCGAAGGUACCCGGCAGCAGCGAUGCGUAAUCCUGUGGUACAGUACACUCCCACGCCACCGGCGCAGUCAGUCUGCUAUCAGAGUGGUUUUCUAUGCUAUAUGGAAAUAGUCUUUCAGCCUUGGUCCUCUAAUGCAGCUACCACAAGAGGCUGAUAUUUUUAUAAUGGUGUGUACUCUCCUUUUCAGGAGGCUUUUUAUGGAAGGUAUAAUUUGUAAAAGUUAGGAUGCUUUGCCUCUCGACUGCAUUAACACGCCAUAGGCUCAGACUGUUUUUGUGUAAAAGAUGUCACAGAACGGCACUUUUUCUAAAGAGAAGUUUGAUAUUUUGUAUGCUUGUUAAGAAAGUACAGUAUUGGAAAUUAAAGGUGGACAACUGAUAAUUGAGAAGUAUGUCAAUUAAUUUUUUAUGUAUAUUACCUGUUUACUUGUACAAUUUUAUUGUACAAAUUACAUGCAGCUUCAUUUUCAAAUGAGUCCUUAAAAUAAGGAAAAUCUUUUUAGGAAAACAUUUAAUUUUUGUAUUUUUGAUUUUAAAAGGCAUGAGUUAUGUCAACUUUUUCCAGUGUAUUAAUGAAGAUUUUAACUUUUCAUCAGGUUGAGUGUUUUCUUACUAUAUUAUCUGUUGUGUAUGUAGCUAGCACAUUGUGUCACUGAACUGUUUAAAAAACCUAGCAUGUAGAGCAAGCCUGUUUUGUGGAAAAUCCUUAUUCAUUAAAAAAAAAAAGUCAUCAUGGCAGAUUUUCUGCAAAAAAGUGAAAA